AUGGUGUCCAUCACAACCGACUAUAUCAGCGUUGGGGGGAACCGGCACCCGGCUGCCGCGGACUGGGACGUUCAGUCGGGUGUGCUUGCCUUUGGUGCGGACCAAAACGUGGCCUUGUGGGAUCCAAGAGAAAAUUCUCAACGUGGGGUUCAUUCUCUACUCGUCGGACAUACCGACAAAGUCAGCGCAGUCAGAUUCUACACAUGCCCAUCGACAAGCACGAAACUCCUUGUUACCGGCUCGGUAGAUCGCACGGUUCGAGUAUGGCGAUCCAGUACAAUGGACGCGCGCCAAUUCGUACUUGCGCAGACUCUUGACGGACACACGGGUUCAGUCAAUGCGGUUGCGGUGACUGAUGGCACGAAUCUUGUCGCAUCGGGAGCAGCGGAUGGAAGCGUGCGAGUGUGGAGAAUUUCCGACGGAGGCGCAAGCGCGGAAUUGGUCCAGAGCGUAACUAUGAAGCCGCGAUUCUUCCCGAUGACCCUAUCAUUGAGCCGACUUCAGACCGAUGGGAAGGAGCGACCUGCUGUGCUGGCGGUUGCGGGAACCACCAACAUUGUGCAGAUAUUCGUUUCUGAGAAUACGACUAUGGCUCCUGAGUUUAAACUUUGCGCAACACUAUCGGGCCACGAGGCGUGGGUAAGGUCGCUUUCUUUUACAAAUGACAAGCAGAGCAAGACGGGUGAUCUUUUGCUGGCGUCAGCUAGUCAGGACAAAUACAUUCGACUUUGGCGACUACAUCGUGGAGAAGCUGUACAGGCUGCGCCAGCAGAUGAGACAGACCCUAUGCUGGGAGGAAUGGAACCGACAUUGACAAACAAAGCCCAUGAAUUUGAGGCGGCAGAGUCCAAAUAUACAAUCACCUUUGAAGCGCUUCUUUUCGGCAACGAGGACUGGAUCUACACCACAACAUGGAACCCCAACCCGGAACGACAGCAGCUUCUCUCUGCUUCAGCAGAUAACACCCUGACAAUCUGGGAGCAAGACUCCGUAUCUGGGGUCUGGGUUUCUAUGGAGCGUAUGGGAGAGAUCAGCGUGCAAAAGGGUUCUACUACGGCCACCGGCAGUACAGGCGGAUUCUGGAUUGGUCUGUGGUCGCCAGAUGGUACGCAGGUUGUAAGCUUGGGACGAACAGGUAGCUGGAGAUCAUGGAGGUAUGAUGCGGAUGCCGAUAUCUGGGUCCAAACAUUGGGAAUCUCCGGCCAUGUACGAUCAGUCAAUGGCGUGCAGUGGGAGCCUUCUGGUGGAUAUCUUCUCUCGGCAAGUGCGGAUCAGACCACACGUCUGCAUGCGCAAUGGUUGCGCGAGGAGUUGGGAUCAUGGCAUGAGCUUGCACGACCGCAAAUCCAUGGAUAUGACUUGAACUGCGUAGACAUCCUGGGCCCUGCGAGAUUCGUCUCUGGUGCAGACGAAAAGCUUUUACGGGUUUUCAAUGUGCCCAAGCAGAUUGCUCAACUCCUCGAGAAACUUUCCGGUUUUCAGCAAUCAACCGAAGCACUUCCAGACACCGCGCAAAUGCCAGUACUCGGACUUUCGAAUCAAGCGACUGGCGAAGAAACCCCGUUGGAAGAAGAAGAUGAGAGUAGCGCGCAAGCUGGAAAAGUCCAGGCCAGCUUAGCUGAGUCGAAUGAGCCUCCUCUUGAAGACCAGCUAGCUCGCUACACACUAUGGCCCGAGCACGAGAAGUUGUACGGCCAUGGUUACGAAAUAUCUGCGGUUGCUGUCAGCCACGACCACACAUUGAUCGCUACUGCUUGCAAGGCCAGUUCUCUCGACCAUGCCGUGAUACGUCUGUACGAUACUUCAGACUGGCAUGAGAUUCGACCUCCUCUUACUGCACACUCCUUGACGAUAACGAGCCUCUCUUUCUCUGGCGAUGAUCGGUAUCUUGCCAGUGUUGGACGGGACCGCCAAUGGGCCGUUUUCCAACGAAAUGAACAAGAGCCGUCGUCAUUUUCGCUUCUACAAUCGAAUCCCAAGGGACACUCUAGGAUGAUCUUAGAUGCGUCAUGGGCACCCGUGACAGACAAGCCCGUCUUCGCAACAGCAGGCCGUGAUAAAUCUGUGAAACUCUGGAGAAUGGAAGAGGGAUCGUUCAUGUGUAAAUCGACCAUCUCCCUGCAAAGUUCCGUUACUGCCAUCUCUUUUUUGCCAGCUGUCCAGGAUGGCUCUCUCCUCCUCGCUGUGGGUGAGGAUAGCGGUGAGUUAUCGGUCUACCAGGUCGUGGUUGACAGUCUUGAAGUCAAGCAUCUUGUAACGAUAGAUAAGACUAUGUCUCCGUCAAAGACGAUUGCCGAGCUCUCCUGGCGGCCUACUACUCGGACGGAUACGUCCAAAUUCGAGCUUGCGGUUGCAAGUGAAGACACUUCGACGCGGAUAUAUGCCAUCUCGAAUGUGUUUGCAUGGAAGAAUCGAAAGUUAUGUACAUAG